UGUCGCUCCCCGGGUAGCGUCGCAGAGCUUCUCCGGCGAGCAGCGACUUUUCCUCGGAAGAGAAUCAAAGCUUUUCACCUCACGGCCGUGCAUGUUUGACAACCAUCUGAAACAGAGUUCAGAACUCACGCUGCCGUGGGGCUGCUUGCUGUCCUCCUGGCGAACAUUAUUCACCAGCGCAGCGUCGUACGUUCACAUGGCGAUCUAACGCGGGUUUCUUUUUCUUUUACCUUUGACGAUGAGAGGAACAUGAUGUAAACCUCGGGCCUCGCGACAUGCUCUCCGGUACGAACGGCCACAACAAAGCGGCCUCUGUGGCUACGCAUCUCAGCGCGAUGGCGACGACGACUGCGACGACAGCGAGCUAUCACGCCUCGUGUCGGUCGUCCACAUGCCCGCCUUGGCUGCAAGCGGCGCUUGCAGAUAUAGAGCAAAGGGUGCAAUCACUUGCGGUGAAUAUACCGGACGACCCGGAAUCGGACUCGUUUGCUGAGCGGGCGGAGAACUACUACCAGAAGCGGCCUCAACUCAUCGCCCUCCUCCACGACCUCCACCACCGCUACCUCUACCUGGCCGACCGCUACGCCCAGUCUCUACUCUACCGCCACCACCGUCGCACCUCCUCCGUCCCCUCCGACCUCGACGCCGAUGAAGACACCGACCUCCCGGACUCCACGUGCUCCGACGCCGAGAGCUCCCUCUCCUUCCAAACCUUACCCGCUCAGCCCCGUCCGCAGUUCCAAGGUCCGAACCCCGCCGUCGCGGCCGCCGAUCUAGACAUGAUCAUGGCGGAGCUGGUGCUGGCAGCGGUGGAGCGGGACCUUGUGGAGGCGGAGGGGGCGGAGGUGGAGCGACGGUUGGCGGAGUCGGCGCGCAAGAUCGAGCUGCAGGGGAGCUUGGUUGAAGUGCUCGAGGCAGAGCGGAUGGUGCUGCUGGGUGAGAACGCUCGGCUAGGGUUCCGGGCGGCGGCCGCGGAGGAGGAGGCGCGGGCAGUGGCUGCGGAGUUGGGGUACAUGCGGCGGCGGGCGGGGGAGCUGGCGCGGGCAGUGGUGAAGCUGCGGGAGGACCACCGGGUGUGCCUGCUGGGCCGGAGGAUCGAGGGCCUCCAGGCCCAAAUCUAUGGCCUGGAGCGGCGCAACCGGGAGUGCUUCGAGGCCAUGGCGAGGCGGGAGAAGGAGAAGGGGGAGGCGCGGGCGGAGGUGGACCGCCUCCGGGAGGAGAACCGCCGGCUGAGGCAGGAGGCGGAGGCGGCGCGGGCCAGGCGGCGAUCGGGCCGGAGCUGGUGGGAGCGGGUGCGGCGGUUCGACUGGGCCCCAGCCUCGUGUGCGCCGCACGUGAGGGAAUCCAAGGUGCCCAAGAAUUGUUUCUACAUAUAGAUAAAUGCACUUUCUUUUUCGUCUUCGUAUGUUUUUGCUUUUUGCGCUCCAAAAAUAUGGCUAUGUGAAGGACAGCACAGAGUUGGUUGUGGAGAGUCCGUGGUAGUCCCCUUGUACUAUAAUAUUAUGGGUUGGACUAAACCUAUAAGUAUGGCAGUGUAUCUGAUGAUACGUUGAGUUGUC